AUGAGUGAGAAGUGCCGCGUCUCUCUUGCGCCCGCCCGCCUCCUCCCGCAGUCUGCGCUCGGGCGAGUGGCGGCUCGCAUCCGGCUCCCCGCCCGGAGCAGAGCUGCGCUGCGCUGCGCUGCGGAGCCCGGCAUCACCCGGCGCGGAGCGGGAGCGGCACCGGCACCGGCACCCGGGGGUCCCCUCGCUCACCACCCGAGCGCCCCGGCCCGGGCUGGGACAAAGGUGUCUAAAAUGCAGCAACAACAACAACAACGUCGAAUGGUCACAGCUGCCCUCUUGGCAUUCAUUUUUGUUUUAGUAGCCGUGAGUACUACUGAGGCUGGCAAAAAAGAGAAACCAGAGAGGAAAGCUAAGAAGUCUGACUGUGGAGAGUGGCAGUGGAGCGCAUGUGUGCCCACCAGUGGAGACUGUGGCCUGGGGACCCGUGAGGGCACUCGUACUGGAGCUGAAUGCAAACAGACUACGAAGACCCAAAAGUGUAAGAUCCCCUGCAAUUGGAAGAAGCAGUUUGGAGCAGAGUGUAAGUACCAGUUUCAGGCCUGGGGUGAAUGCGACUUGAAUACUGCUUUGAAGACUCGAACUGGGAACCUAAAGAGAGCUCUUCACAAUGCUGAAUGCCAGAAGACUGUUACAAUCUCAAAGCCCUGUGGGAAACUUACCAAACCCAAGCCUCAAGAACCCAAGAAGAAGAAAAAGGAAGGCAAGAAACAGGAGAAGAUGCUGGAUUAAUAGAAGCCAAGCUGGUCAGCAUGAGAAAGGGACAUCGGCAGCCACGAUCAGUUAACAGUUUCAUGUUACACCUAGGCAUUUUAUCCUAAAAUUAUUUAUAGCUUAAUGGUACAAUAGAAGGAAAGAAACAAAUACACACACAAAAAAAAUAUUUUUUUCCUUUUUAUUUUACUUUAGUAUUUUUAACAUAUAACCCUAACAAUGUUUUUAGAG